AACUGCCGGACUCGGCAUACUCAGCCCUGUGUAACGAUGAAAGCUUUUCCUCGCGCCUGCCCACGCGACCUACGUAAACUGCGUUAGACUAGCGCUUCAUUUUCGCUGUUAGCAGAUUUGCUAGAUUUGACUGCCACUUACUGUGUCAUCUGUAAAAGAUUUACCAUCCAGCUCCUCCUUUACUAUCCCGAGGAUGCUCUUCUAGGGCUGAACUGAAUCUCAACGGAGAGAGGGAGAACGGAGAGAGGUAGAGAGGGAGAACGGAGAGAGGGAGAACGGAGAGAGGUAGAGAGGGAGAACGGAGAGACGGGGAGAGGGAGAACGGAGAGAGGUAGAGAGGGAGAACGGAGAGACGGGGAGAGGGAGAACGGAGAGAGGUAGAGAGGGAGAACGGAGAGAGGGAGGCUUUUAGGAGUCAAAAACCGCCUCCUUCGUUUUUAGCACGGCAUCAGCAGGAAACCUUUCCCCUUCAUUUCACCAGUCCUGCCAGAUGUCAUUCUCUACAAACGCCUAAAAGGCGUAGGACGCACAUGCAAAUAUGGAAAAUCGAAUAAAAAAUGGGACGCUCGCAGGAGAACAUGCACUCCAGGAGAACACACUGAGCAACACGCUGCUCAGCCUUACUGGACACUGCACAGUGGGCAAAGUAGUAAGGCUGUAAUCUUAACCCACCCUAAUGUGUACCAUGAACAGCACUGGCUGGGCACUGGACCAGGCAGACAUCGGAAAGCACCAGGCCCUCAAUGGCUCCUCUGGGCAGAGUCCCGCCCCCAGCGGCUGGGCCUUGGUCCACACAGCUACGCUGGCGUCCUGCUCAAUGCUCCUCAUCCUCAUCUUCUGCCUGGGCUCCUAUGGCAACCUGGUGGUGUUCCUAUCCUUCUUCGACCCUGCAUUCCGCAAGUUACGCACCAACUUUGACUUCAUGAUCCUCAACCUGUCCUUCUGCGAUCUGUUCAUCUGCUGUGUCACUGCACCCAUGUUUGCGCUCGUACUUUUCUUGGAUGCGGGGGAGGGCGGAGGCGGUGUUUCCAAGGGCUUCUGCUUCGCCUUCCACCUCACCAGCUCAGGUUUCAUCAUCAUGUCUUUGGAGACAGUGGCCGUCAUCGCUCUGCAUCGAUUGCGCAUGGUCCUGGGCCAGCAGCCGAACCACACUGCCUCCUUCCCCUGCACCUUAGCCCUUACUGCCUUGUUGUGGACUUCUAGCUUCACCCUGGCAGCUCUGGUCACCUUGCGAGCCUAUCCCAGGAGCCCUGGGCCCUGCAUGCCACACUUUGGCCUCACAGGGAAGCGGGCCAAGGUGGUCUUAUAUGUGUACCUCGCGGAUUUUGCCUUCUGUGUGGGUGUGGUGUCCAUCUCAUACCUGAUGAUUGCACAGGCAUUGCGAAAGAACGCCCAGGUACGCAAGUGUCCCAUCAUCACAGUGGAUGCCACGCGCCCCCCGGGCCCACCACCACCCUUCCUUGCCUCUGGUUUUGACGGCAUGCAGUGUGCUGUCCCAGUGCCAUCUCUUUACCGCAACCAGACAUACAACAAGCUCCGGCAUGUGCAGACACACCCAUUCACAAAGAGGAACAGUAGUGCCCUGGUGCCAGGGGCUGCUACAGGAGCCACCUGCUGCCAGAUAGUGUCCACAGUCAAUCUGGCCACAGCUAAGGAUUCCAAAGCUGUGGUGACAUGUGUGGUCAUAGUCAUCUCUGUGCUGUUUUGCUGCUUGCCCAUGGGCGUGUCCCUGGCACAGGAUGUCUUGUCCCCAGAAAGUGGCUUUGUCCAUUACCAAUUUGAACUUUGUGGGUUCGCCCUCAUCUUCCUCAAGUCAGGCAUAAACCCAUUUGUGUACUCUCGGAACAGUGCAGGCCUGCGGCGGCGAGUGCUCUGCUGCCUCCAGUGGGUGGCGCUCGGCUUCCUCUGCUGCAAGCAGAAGACCCGGCUCCAUGCCAUGGGUAAGGGAAGCCUCGAGGUCAACCGCAAUAAGUCCUCACACCAUGAGACCAACUCGGCCUACGUGCUCUCUCCUAAGCCGCAGAAGCGGCUUGUGGACCAGGCCUGCGGGCCUAGCCACUCUCGCAACAGCAUGCCAAGUCCGCGUGCUGGACGCAAGCCCCGGCCCCCCAGCACCUCGACGCCCAUCAACACUCGCAUAGAGCCCUAUUACAGCAUAUACAACAGCAGCCCUUCAGCUGGACCCAGUUCCCCCAACAGCCUGCAGCCGGUCAACUCUCAGACCACCGCCUUUGCUAAGAGUUACGUAGCCAUGCACUACCACACCCACCAGGAGGCACUGCAGGACUUUGACAGUACCUCAGCCCAUCAGAUCCCGGUCCCCUCAGUGUGAGAGGCCUGUGCUACCUUUCAGAAUGCAGGAGCAUUAGAAUGUCAGUGUGCUUGCUUACGGUGUGUAUAAGGGAACAUUACAGUGUUUGGUUGUGAUCUACCAGUUGUUUUUUUUUUCUCAAGAGACCACAUCAUAGCACAUUAAAGGAAAAAAAACUAAAAGUGGAUAUUAAUUCAAAUUACGAAAGUGUUUCAAUCCCCAGUGUUAAUGUUCCUUGAAGGAUAUUCUAUUUUUACAUUGACAUGGCAAUUUUCAUAUUGUAUGAAAGUGUGUCUUUUCUUCAUUAAAAGAAACUAACAAUAUUUUUCUAAACAACACUGUUUUCAAUUUCCAAGCAGUGUUUUAAUACUGUCUGUUUUUUUUCCAUCUUAUUUAUUUAAGUAAAGAAAAUUCAUUUCCAUAAGCUUAAACAAGGCAUAGCGCUGCAUACAGUUUAGAUUUUAAUGGUUCAAAAAAUACAAUCUAUUGACCACAUCUUCAAGCUAUUGUGUGUAUUAUGAAUGAUUAUUGUAAAAGCGCACUUAAGUAGAAGUAGUUUUUCUGUAGUAUGUUCGGUUACCUGUGUUUUUUAGAGAGGGUGGAGAUCAAAGUUAACAUGCUCAAAUGAAACAUUCAGUGGAGUGCAGAGCAGUGAGUCCCAUGUUGUAUUGUUGGGCUGCAUGGAUCAUGAAUUUUUAAGGCUGGUUAUGAUAGUUUUAGCCAAAUUGGUUGUUUUAGCUUAAGCCUUUUUGAAACCAAAAGCUAACAGUGUGUGAGAUUAUUCUUCACAUGAAACACUGGCACAUUAUGUACUUUGUCACAUUAUAAAUAACAUUAUUUGGUUAUUGAUGAGCCAAACUGGUAUUUAAAACUCAAAUCAGUUCACCAAUAUUUAAAAGCGGUAGUGUCAAGUUAUCCAUUAUUAUGCUAUGACUUUUUGGUAUAGGUGAAGCAGCAGUAUUCAGAUACAGUGUGUGCACUUACUGACUCCUUAUUUAUGUCAUGAACUUGCAACAGAUCAGCCAAAAUAUGACCAUGGCGGAUUGUGUGGAGCAAAUAUCUGCCGAUUCCAGUGCAUCCGUACUGUACUGUUGCAUUAGGAUCAUAUUAGAAUUUUUGUAAUCUGCCUUGUGGAAGUCUAUGGAAGACAAUAAUGCAUUUCACAAAAAGCAUUAUUUGAAAACAUUGAGAACUGAAGAAAAGUGUGAUUUUUGAGAAAAAUAUAAAAAAAACUGCAUUUUUCUUUCAGAUAAUGUGUUUGUGAAAGUGUUCUACAUUUUAUAUCAUUAAAUGUUUUACAAGUGGGGUUUUUCUUUGUUGACUUAUUGGAAAAGAGUUGUCAGAGAUGCCUGGUUCCACUUUUAUUAAACAAGAGAGGGUUCAUAUAAGGAUCAUUCAUUCUAUCAAAAGCUUGUUCUGAGACAUUCCCCUAAUGUCUGACUGGGCCACUGGGCAGUACUGGACAGUAUUGCAAGGAUGUGUUGAGUCCUACCUAGUAUACUAGUACUGCGUUAAUGAAGAUUAACACAAUCUCAUCAUUUUGUCGAGAUACUUAUUUGUGAAAAUAGCAUCAUGGCCUGUUGUUAUUGUCUGUCAGCGUACCUGUUUUUUUUUUUUACUCUCAAACCAUAAAGACAGUAGCUUAUUGCUUAGUAUGCCAGAACUUCCAUCUGCUUGUCUAAUGUACAUCACCAUUUAGCCACAUCUAAAAGCAACAGUAGACUCUGUUGCUCUGAUCUCCAGGAGCGUUACUGAACCUCUGAAUAAUAAUGGCGAUCUACUUCCAUCAAACUGUCAGCAAGCAUCUGAGUCAUAAUGAAGAACUGCUGGUAAACGGCUCCAUCUAGUGUUGAAGGUCAUUUUUCAUGGUUGUCACAGUAAAAGCUUGAUUUGGAAAAUGAAGGCUGUGUUGAAAACAUUCUAAGGUCACAUGAGCAUGGUCAAUAAAUGCAGACACACUUUCCUCAAAGACUCAAAACUCUUUUACUCGAAGAGGUUGAAAGGGAUGAGUUUUGCACAAAUAACUAUUAAAGAUAUAAACCAAAUCAUUCUUUCCAGUUUGGUGUGAAAUGCCACAUCGUGGUGAACUUUACAGAGUUAGCAUUGUUCAUAGGUACCAGAUGUCUGAACUGUUUCAUGCCCCUUAAAGAAUGUUGCAACUACACGGCCUGAUUCAGCCGAAAACUUAUUUUUUAAAUCUAUCCACGGUGAAGAGGUACAUGCAGGCUGUUGUAAGGCAAAUGGUCCCAAACUGAAAGAUUUACCCCUAUCAACAUUACCAGAGAUGGUACAUUGGUAUAGAUGGAUAUCGGUAUAGGGAAGAAAAGGCUGGAUUGGCUAUUGAAGGGGAAAAAGGAGUCCAAACCAUUCCUGCAAUCCUGUGUGAUGUGUUGUUAGCUGUGUAUUAUUUUUUGUGGGGCACUAGAGUAUACGAGUAGUUUGUGCCUGAUUGCCAUAUUUGUGAAGUGAAAGGCUACCCUUAAAAUAACCAUUUGAAUUGCACCAAAAAGUAGAAAAAUAUCAGAGAAAAUAGAUUUUUGUCUGUACUGACCGAGACCCAAGGUUUUAAUAUAGGUAUCAGUAUAUGUAGAGAAACAAGUUGAUCUAAAGUAAUUUAGCAAAAUAAGUGGAAUUCCCUUCAGCUUUCAUUCAGAUAAAACAUAUGCUUCCUCCAUCAGCUGAAGCUUUUUGCACUGAACUUUAAAUUUAAAUUUAUACCCAGAAGGUGACAAUGAAACAAAUAAAGAGUAUCAAGCAGUUAAAAACAAACUUAAAGCAAAUAUCCCUGGUCUUAUUUACUCCUGGGCGUUCUCAGGCAGUUUCAAUUGAAGAUGGUGUGAUUAUAUGUUCAGGGUCAAAUACUGCAUUUUUACACUACUCCAAAUUUAAAAUGAAUUUCCAAGCAACACCUAUGCAUUUGUACUUUUUACUCAUUCGAUUGGUCAUCUUAACCUUUAAGUAUUUCACAUACGUGUGCAAUCAGAUCACAUUAUGAAUUUUUUAAUCUCAGCUUUAUUAUAUACAUAAAAACUUUCAAGUGCAAAAUGUCAACACCAAGCAUGUAAUUAACAGAAAUUAAGUCAAAUAAAUAGAAACAGUUAAAACAACCCAAUAUAUUACCGUUCUAUUAAAGGAAUGAGUGACAGCAUUAAAUUCAAAAGGACUACUGCAGUGUAGAUCUGCUGGGGGGUCCUCCAGCAGAUCUGGGUAUUUUAACAUUUUCCCCCAUUUCUUUCAGUCUCAUGGGGACUUUGAACCACAUUUCCAGAAUGAAUGUACUUUUCAGCAAAGCUGAGUCCACAGAGAAUCUUCAGUGUUCUUAAAAGGGUGAAUGAGGAGUUCCUAGAUUCAGGUGCUUCCAUCUUGUUUCAGUUUCAGACCAAAGGCCAAAGUUCCCCCUUCAGAAAUACAUCUCGCUUCCAUGUAGAAUACGCUUCUUCUGCCUGCACAUGUCCAUUUCUGUUUUUGUUAUUUCUAGCUAGGGAUAGACAAAAGGCCAUUCUCAUCAGCAGUGUCCAAAAUCUUACAGAUCACUGGAGAUUCAACCUGUAGAAA